AUGCCGUACGUUAAUCCAAACUGCUCGUUCUUAAGCUCUAGCAGCUCCGACGCCUUCGCACUAGCCGUCCACCCCCUUCCUUCUAAUGCCGUGUUGCAGCCGCCGUUGCCAGACGAGGAGCGCUACGAAGGACGUUACAAUGGCACGCUCUCGUAUGCCAUUCGAACGCAGAUCAAGACCCUUAAACCUAACAGGAUUAUCGAAUACGUAACUAGUAGAGCAGAAGGUCGCAGAGUAACGUACAAGCAGAUCCGUAAACGGCUCGACUUGGCUUGCUUAAUCGACACGAUUCGCCGCAGACUAAACGAGCGUAGUUACUUUAAACGAGUGGCCAGACUUAUUCGUCGUACUAAUAAGGCGUUCAAUCCGGACUGUCUUAGGCCUAAGUACAAGCGCAUAAAGACGCAGUUGGUCUAUAGCUUCAUAAACGCUAAGAGCCUAAAGGACUAUAUAAUACUAGAGCUGCACCGCUUUUGGCGUAAGUGUAGUAAUGCAGAGGCUGCGUUGCGACUGCAAGAGCAAUUUAACACCGGUAGAUUCGACGGCUUCGUUAAUAAGAGCACCUUCUCAAUCGACGGCCGCUUUAGAAGCCUAACACCUAUAGUCGAGGACGCUAUUGUCGACGAUGCUGUCAACGGUGAUGUAGAUAUCCCUGCUAUUGUCGACGAUACUAUGCUAUUGCUUAUACUGGACGGUGCAUCCGUCUACAAGGCUGCUACCUUCCGUAGUAAGCUAGAUCGCCUUAGAAUCCCUUACGGUCUCGACAUCUAG